AAGUGAUGCUAAGAAAACCGAAUUGCAUUUACUUUCAGUUAUUCUUGGUUAGUUAAUCUUAUUUGAUUGCAUCAAUCGAUACAAAGAAAGCUGCUCUAUCCUUUCUAUCUUCUCUUUCUUUGGCAUCACUUUUACUGCAAACAUAUCCUCGUACAUCACCACGUUUUGCCCAUAUUUUUCAUCUUCCUUCAGUUUUCCUCUCUUAUUCUCAUCUAUGAUCUCACUUCAUCAUUGCCAUCCCUAUCUAUCCCUCUCUUACUCUUGAUUUUAGUAAUUAUCAUUCAUCUUAAUCUUCAUCAUCAGUAAAUGGUGUCAAUUAUCUCUUUAUUUUUGUGUUUUUUCAACUCGCACUGUUUACCUCUCGCAAGAUCUCUACUUAACUUUAAAUCAAAUAGUAAAAUUGAUUAUUGGAUUCUCUAGUCAACUACAAUAUCAUCUUUACCGUUAAGUUUAUCUUCGAUUCCUUCAGCUUCAUCAUCAUCCUUGACUUGUGUCAUCCACUGUUCAACUGAUUAUUGGAUCAACCUUUAGCUGCUUUUGUCUCCCCUUUUCUCUGCUUCACUGUCCAUCGGAAAGCAUUUCUUGCUUCUUACCCCUUAAUCAUUGACCUCUCGCCAUUACCAGCUAUACCAAUAUGGAAAAGGUUAAAGAUAAAAUAUCAUUUACUCCUAUCAAAAUGUCAUCAGCAUGUUCAGACAGUCCCGAGCUCAAGAUAACCCGAACUCCAAGCUACGAGAAAACUGUUGAAAGAGGCAAUUGGUCUUCAGGAAUUGAAUUUAUUUUAUCAUGUUUAAGUUAUGCUGUUGGUUUAGGAAAUGUUUGGAGAUUUCCUUAUUUAUGUUAUCGCAAUGGUGGAGGAGCUUUUCUCAUUCCAUACACAAUUAUGUUAUUAUUUGUUGGUUUACCUUUGUUUUUUAUGGAACUUGCUUUUGGUCAAUAUGCAAGCGAAGGCCCCAUCACUAUAUGGAAAAUAUCACCUUUAUUUCAAGGAUUGGGCUAUGCCAUGUUUCUCAUGUCUGGUUUGGUUGGAAUCUAUUAUAACAUGAUUCUAGCUUGGGCCAUGUUCUACCUCUUUUCGUCAUUUACUGAUAAACUUCCAUGGAGUUCAUGUGAAAAUGAAUGGAAUACAAAUGCCUGCCGUAAAUUUGACACCAAAAAUUGUACAGCUCAUAAAGGAAUCAUGGAUUCUGAUGGAGAUUGCAUUCUACAAGAAAAUGUAUCUCAAGAAAUCUGGCAAAACCUUACCAGCUCUAAAUAUAAUUCAAAAACUGCUAGUGAUGAAUAUUUUCAUAAUUUUGUGUUGGAAAUAUCUUCAGGAAUUCACGAGCUUGGAAGCAUUCGCAUUGAACUAGCCUUGUGUUUGCUCAUCUGUUGGCUUAUCGUUUUCUUUUGCCUUGUUAGAGGCGUCAAAAGCUUGGGAAAGGUUGUUUAUUUUACCGCUUUGUUUCCAUACUUUGUAUUAACCAUUCUUCUUAUUCGUGGAUUAUCAUUGGAAGGUUCCCUUGAUGGUAUUCAUUUUUAUUUAACACCAGAAUGGCAUCGUUUAGCUGAAAUAAAAGUAUGGAAAGAUGCUGCUAUGCAAAUAUUUUUCUCAUUGUCACCAUGUUGGGGUGGAUUGAUUACCUUAGCCAGUUACAAUCGUUUUCAUAACAAUUUUUUCAAGGAUGCUUUGAUUGUCGCAUUUGGCAAUUGUGGAACAAGUGUCUUUGCUGGUUUUGUUAUUUUUAGUGUUGUUGGAUUCAUGGCAAAAGAAACUGGUCUACCUGUAUCUGAGGUCGCAACUCAAGGAGCUGGUUUGGCGUUCGUUGUCUAUCCAGAGGCUGUUGCUAAACUUCCACUUUCCCCAAUUUGGUCUUUCCUCUUUUUUUCGAUGCUUUUAACCCUCGGUCUUGGAACACAAUUUACUCUCAUUGAAACUGUUGUCACUGGAGUUGUCGAUACUUGGCCUCGUUCAUUGCGACACCGAAAACCUUUGGUCUUGUGUGCUGUCUGCAGUGUCAUGUAUAUCUUGGGGCUGAGUAUGUGUACUCGGGGUGGAAUGUACAUACUUCAAUUGAUGGAUGAUUAUUGUGCUAGCUUUUCAGCCCUAACAAUUGGUUUGAUUGAAGUAAUUGUUAUUGGUUGGGUUUACGGGGUUGAUAGAUUUUUUGAUGAUACCAAAGAGAUGCUUGGAAAAUAUCCUUACCCCAAAAAUUAUUGGAAACUUUUAUUGAAAUGGGUUACACCUUCAAUCAUUGCGAUGAUUCUUAUUUGCUCUAUAUUCAACACUGUACCUAGUAGCUAUGGUGAUCACUUAUUCCCGGGUUGGGCCAAUGGAAUCGGAUGGUUCUUAUCAUUCCUAUCCAUUUCAGCCAUACCUAUUCUGGCCUUUCAUAAAAUUUUGAUGGGGAAAGGGCCGAUUUUCCAGAGAAUAUCAACUUUGAUGCAACCAACAUCUGAUUGGGGACCUAAAUCACAGAUUCAUAGACUCACAGCUCACAGUCCUAAGCAUACUGAUUCCCAAGUGCCAUUAGCAAGCCAAUAUGAUCAAGAUAAUGAGGAUAGUAAUGAUUCCGAUUAUGGUCGAUCACCAACCAAAGGACGUUACUUUAUUCCAGACGAUCCAUCAGAUAGUGAUGCAGGACUAAGAUUAACAGUUCCAAUUGAUUAUCUUGAGACUGGUUUUUAACAUGUAAUAAUCUUGACCCAAGCUACCAAUACCAGGAAACAAGGAGAUAAACCAACAUCCUUCCAUAUUUUUUAAGCCAAAGAAAACAAUAACACAUAUUAUAUUAUAUAAUAUAAAUUAAUUGUAUAAAAUACAUUAAGGGAAAGGUUAAUGAUUAGCUACUGUUUAUAGUCCUUUUAUGUUCGUCCACCAACAAGUUUGUUUAUCUGUUUCCUUUUACAAAAACAUCGUAACUUCUGUAUUAUCUUCAUCUCUAUUAUGUUUUUAAAUUCAAUUUUAAGUUAUUAAUUUUCUUCCACUUCAAAUGUCUGUUAGAAACAUUUGAAUUAUUGUAAAUUUUUAUUUCUCCUAAGACGUAGACGAAUCUCAACUUUGAAAUUCAUUUUAAUCUUGUAAGAUUCUGAAGUGAUUCAGAAUUUAUUUGAUAUUCAAUCAGCUUUUAGUUGGUAAAAUUUAUUUAUAAACAAACAAUGAUAAUAAUAUAAUUGUAAUGUUGAUAAUGGUAAUAAUUAGUAGCAGAGCAACUUGUAUUGAUUGUAAAGUCCUCGACUACUCAAUUUAAAAUAAUUGUAUUGAAGCAAUUAACAAAUGUAAAUUUGAUUUGUAAAAAAAUCCUCAACAAAAAGUAUCCUCAGGUUGCUCAGGAAAAAAUCUCAGAACAAAAUUCAUUUUUUUGUAUUCUUUUGAUCAUAAAACAAUUGUAAUAAGAGAUGAGUUAAUCGUAUGAUCAGUCAAAAUUGUAAACAGCAUUUAAUAUUGAAAAAUAGUACAACAUUGUAUAAUUUGAUUGAUCAAGAGAUCAAUGCAAUUUACUGUCAACAUCAAGGUAAACAAAAAGGUCCUAAAGCAUGAAAUAAAACUAAAUAUUGAAAAUGA